CUUCAAAUAUGCGGUUAAGUACAGACAGAGUUGGAGAAUCAGUUUCCUCAUGACGACUUGUGGAGCUCUACUGGUGCUGCUGUGCUGUUGUUUGGUGCAGCUCAGAGGAGAGACAAUCAGUGACACAGACACAGCCUCCACCCAGCAAAGCUGCCAGCCGGACAUCCACACUGUGCUGAGAGAGAUGAGCGCUGUGGUGGUGGAGCAGAGAGUGGAGCUCAGAUACACUAAGACACAAGUGGAGGCCAUGGAGACCAGGCUGAGAGCCAGUGAGAAGACAGUGGAGGAGCAGAGAGUGGAGCUCAGACAGACUGAAGCCAGACUGAGAGCCAGAAUGAGAGACAGUGAGAAGAUAGUGGAGGAGCAGAGAGCCGUUAUUAAGGAGCUGAAGGAGAAACAGGAGGAGCAAGCAGCAGCUGUGAGAGCUGUAGGAGGCAGAGUGCACCUCACGGGGAGCCAGGUGGAGGAGCUGAGGAGAGAGAGAGAGAAGAGGAGGGUGGCCUUCUCCGCCUCACUAGUGGCUUCAGGAGAUGAAACCUUUGGACCCUUUAAAGAUGCAACCCCCUUGGUCUUCAAAAAUCCAUUCAUCAACAUUGGAAGUGCUUACAACCCAAACACAGGAGUGUUCACAGCCCCAGUCAGAGGGGUCUACCACUUUGUCUUUUUCAUCUUUGGGAAUGGUCACGCAAGUACCGCUACCGGGGUGUCCCUCUAUAAAAAUGCCCAACACGCAGUCACCGCCUACUCUAAACAGGCCAGUAUGUAUGUGAAGCCCUCCAAUGGGGCUUCUCUGCUGCUGGAGGUGGGGGACGUGGUCUACCUGAAGCUGUGGCCCAACAGCUGGGUCAGAGACAACGGCAACUUCCACACCACCUUCUCUGGCCACCUGCUCUUUCCUAUGUGAUUAGAACAGACACAAGGCUUCAAACACUUCUUUUCUUUUCUCUGAUUGUCUAACACUCUGU